GACCAAGAAUCGCCUUCAGCCCUGUCUGGUGCAUCCUUGGCAGAAAGUUCUUUGGCAUGGACACAAGUUCAGUGGGAGGAUUAGAAUUGACUGAUCAGACUCCUGUUUUAUUAGGGAGUACGGCCAUGGCAACUAGUCUCACGAAUGUAGGAAACUCAUUUAGUGGUCCAGCUAAUCCUUUAGUGUCUAGAUCUAAUAAGUUUCAGAACUCGUCAGUGGAAGAUGAUGAUGAUGUUGUUUUUAUCGAACCUGUACAACCUCCCACACCUUCUGUACCAGUGGUAACUGAUCAAAGAACCAUAACAUUUACAUCAUCAAAAAAUGAAGAAUUACAAGGAAAUGAUUCCAAAAUUACUCCUUCCUCAAAAGAGUUGGCAUCUCAGAAGGGAAGUGUAAGUGAGACAAUUGUCAUUGAUGAUGAAGAGGACAUGGAAACAAAUCAAGGGCAAGAGAAAAAUUCCUCCAAUUUUAUUGAACGAAGACCUCCUGAGACUAAAAACAGAACCAAUGAUGUGGAUUUCUCCACUUCCAGUUUUUCAAGAAGUAAGGUAAAUGCAGGAAUGGGUAAUAGUGGUAUCACCACAGAACCAGACUCUGAAAUUCAGAUUGCUAAUGUUACAACUUUAGAAACAGGUGUAAGCUCUGUGAAUGAUGGCCAAUUAGAAAAUACUGACGGGCGAGAUAUGAACUUAAUGAUUACACAUGUAACAUCACUGCAGAAUACCAACUUGGGAGAUGUCUCUAACGGACUGCAGUCAAGUAAUUUUGGUGUUAAUAUACAAACAUACACCCCAUCUUUAACUUCACAGACCAAGACUGGAGUAGGACCUUUUAAUCCUGGUAGAAUGAAUGUGGCAGGAGACGUUUUUCAGAAUGGAGAAUCUGCAACUCAUCAUAAUCCUGAUUCUUGGAUCUCCCAGUCAGCUUCAUUUCCCCGUAAUCAGAAACAACCAGGGGUGGACUCUUUAUCACCAGUGGCCUCACUUCCUAAACAGAUUUUCCAGCCUUCUGCCCAACAGCAGCCUACUAAACCAGUUAAAGUCACUUGUGCAAACUGCAAAAAACCUUUACAGAAGGGCCAGACAGCUUAUCAACGAAAAGGAUCAGCUCACCUCUUUUGUUCUACCACCUGCCUUUCUUCCUUCUCCCACAAGCCUGCUCCAAAGAAACUCUGUGUUAUGUGUAAAAAAGAUAUAACUACAAUGAAAGGAACCAUUGUUGCUCAAGUGGAUUCAAGUGAGUCCUUCCAGGAAUUCUGUAGUACAUCUUGUUUAUCUCUCUAUGAAGACAAACAGAAUCCUACUAAAGGAGCUCUAAAUAAAUCAAGAUGUACAAUCUGUGGUAAACUAACUGAGAUUCGCCAUGAAGUCAGCUUUAAAAAUAUGACUCAUAAGCUGUGCAGUGACCACUGCUUUAAUAGAUAUAGAAUGGCCAAUGGUUUAAUAAUGAAUUGCUGUGAACAGUGUGGAGAGUACUUGCCCAGUAAAGGUGCUGGAAAUAAUGUUCUGGUGAUCGAUGGUCAACAGAAAAGAUUUUGCUGUCAAAGUUGUGUCAGUGAAUACAAACAGGUAGGUAGCCAUCCAAGCUUCCUGAAGGAGGUUCGAGAUCACAUGCAGGACUCUUUCUUAAUGCAGCCUGAGAAAUACGGAAAACUGACAACUUGUACUGGUUGCCGAACACAGUGCAGGUUUUUUGAUAUGACUCAGUGUAUAGGUCCUAAUGGAUAUAUGGAGCCAUAUUGUUCAACUGCUUGUAUGAACAGUCACAAGACAAAAUAUGCAAAAUCACAAAGUUUGGGAAUUAUUUGCCAUUUUUGUAAGCGAAACUCCUUACCUCAGUACCAAGCCACAAUGCCUGAUGGAAAACUGUAUAACUUUUGCAAUUCCAGUUGUGUGGCUAAAUUUCAGGCUCUAAGUAUGCAGUCAUCUCCAAAUGGCCAGUUUGUAGCGCCAAGUGAUAUUCAGUUGAAAUGCAACUACUGCAAAAAUUCCUUUUGUUCAAAACCAGAAAUCCUGGAAUGGGAGAACAAAGUGCAUCAGUUCUGCAGCAAAACUUGUUCAGAUGACUAUAAGAAAUUGCAUUGCAUAGUUACAUAUUGCGAAUACUGUCAAGAGGAGAAGACUCUUCAUGAAACAGUAAAUUUCUCUGGCGUUAAGAGACCUUUCUGUAGUGAAGGCUGCAAAUUAUUAUACAAACAGGAUUUUGCAAGACGUUUAGGAUUGAGAUGUGUUACUUGCAACUAUUGUUCUCAGCUUUGUAAGAAGGGAGCAACUAAAGAACUCGAUGGUGUUGUGAGAGAUUUCUGCAGUGAAGACUGCUGUAAAAAAUUUCAGGAUUGGUACUACAAGGCUGCAAGGUGUGAUUGUUGUAAAUCUCAAGGAACUCUUAAAGAGCGAGUUCAGUGGCGUGGGGAAAUGAAACAUUUCUGUGAUCAACAUUGCUUACUGCGUUUCUACUGUCAACAAAAUGAGCCCAACAUGACAACUCAGAAAGGACCUGAAAACUUACAUUAUGAUCAGAGUUGUCAGACGUCUCGAACCAAAAUGACAGGUUCAGCACCACCCCCUUCUCCAACACCUAACAAAGAGAUGAAGAACAAAGCAGUUCUUUGCAAACCUUUAACAAUGACAAAAGCUACUUACUGUAAACCUCACAUGCAGACCAAAUCUUGUCAGACAGAUGAUACUUGGAAGACAGAAUAUGUUCCAGUGCCUAUCCCUGUGCCUGUGUAUAUCCCAGUUCCUAUGCACAUGUACAGUCAGAAUAUUCCUGUUCCUACUACAGUUCCUGUUCCUGUGCCAGUUCCUGUUUUUCUGCCUGCUCCAUUGGACAGCAGUGAGAAGAUUCCUGCAGCAAUUGAGGAGCUAAAAAGCAAGGUUUCUUCAGAUCCCCUUGAUACAGAGUUGCUUACAAUGACGGAUAUGAUGAGUGAAGACGAGGGGAAAACAGAGACUACCAACAUCAACAGUGUAAUUAUUGAAACAGAUAUAAUUGGCUCAGAUCUUUUGAAGAACUCUGACCCAGAGACACAGUCCAGCAUGCCUGAUGUACCAUAUGAACCAGAUUUGGAUAUUGAAAUAGAUUUUCCCAGAGCUGCUGAGGAGCUUGAUAUGGAAAAUGAAUUUUUAUUACCACCUGUUUUUGGCGAAGAAUAUGAGGAACAGCCCAGACCUCGAUCUAAAAAAAAGGGAGCCAAGAGAAAGGCUGUAUCAGGAUACCAGUCUCAUGAUGAUAGUUCUGACAAUUCAGAAUGCAGCUUUCCUUUCAAAUAUACCUAUGGCGUAAAUGCAUGGAAACACUGGGUCAAAACUAGGCAACUUGAUGAAGAUCUUCUGGUAUUAGAUGAGUUAAAAUCUUCUAAAUCAGUAAAGUUAAAAGAGGAUCUACUCUCUCACACCACAGCCGAGCUUAACUAUGGGUUAGCUCAUUUUGUCAAUGAGAUCCGACGGCCAAAUGGAGAGAAUUAUGCACCUGACAGCAUCUAUUACCUUUGCCUUGGAAUACAGGAGUACUUGUGUGGAAGUAAUCGAAAAGACAACAUAUUUAUUGAUCCUGGAUACCAAACAUUUGAGCAAGAAUUGAAUAAAAUACUGCGAAGCUGGCAACCAAGCAUACUUCCAGAUGGGUCAAUAUUCUCUCGAGUUGAAGAAGACUAUCUCUGGAGGAUAAAACAACUAGGAUCACACUCUCCAGUAGCUCUUCUGAAUACACUGUUCUACUUUAACACUAAGUAUUUUGGCCUGAAAACAGUGGAACAACACUUAAGACUUUCCUUUGGCACUGUGUUUAGGCAUUGGAAAAAAAAUCCUUUAACGAUGGAAAACAAAGCGUGUCUUCGAUACCAAGUGUCUUCCUUAUGUGGAACAGAUAAUGAAGAUAAAAUUACUACUGGAAAAAGAAAACAUGAAGAUGAUGAGCCAGUAUUUGAACAAAUUGAAAACACAGCCAAUCCUUCCAGAUGUCCUGUGAAAAUGUUUGAAUGCUACUUGUCUAAAAGUCCACAGAAUCUUAAUCAGAGGAUGGAUGUUUUUUAUUUGCAACCAGAAUGCUCUAGUUCUACAGAUAGCCCUGUCUGGUAUACGUCUACUUCACUGGACCGAAACACCUUGGAAAAUAUGCUUGUACGGGUUCUUCUAGUAAAAGAUAUUUAUGAUAAAGACAAUUAUGAACUGGAUGAAGACACAGACUAAAAAGGAACGUUGCAGAAGCAAUCGGGAUAAAACAGCAUUAGAUAGUCAUGCUGCUAGAUCUUUAUUAUGGAAAACAUUUCAAGUUUACUCCUUCUGUUUUGAGUUUUGUAGCAGUGUACCCACGCUGGGUAUUACCAUGUAAAUAAUCUGUGAGUGAAAGUUGCCAUUAUUCUAUGUAGUGGUUUUAGGAUACUUAACAAAUACAUUCAAAUUCUUUUUUUAUUAUUAUUUAUUUGAUUAGGUAUGUUUGUAACUUUUUACAUUACAGAAUAUGAAUGAGAAUGUGCCAUGUAUAAUUUUUUUCUUGUAGUAAGAAACAUCCAUAUUGCACAACUCUACUGUUGCAAAGCUUCCCUGGAAGGGGGCUCUUUUACUGGGUUCUUAACCAGAUGGUUGUGUAUGGGUAGCACUACUAAAAGUUUAGAACUUGCAGUGUCUUUUGGAAUUUUUAAAAUAAACUGUAAACUAAUAGGCUGGGGUUUUUGUUUUGUUUUGGGGUUUUUGUUUUGUUUCACAUUUUAGUUACUGAAGCCUUACAAGGUUAUGUAGAGGGAUACCAUCUUCUGUACCAAAAAUAGACAAGAGAAUGCUGUCAAUAUUGGUGUACUGUAAUGUGAAUCUAUACUGGUGAAAACAGUUUUUUGUUCCCCUUAUUAAAACCUUAGUGUCCUUUUCUCAUUUGUGGCUUUCUGCAUCACCCAAUCAAUAAAAAAACAAAUAUAUAUAUGUAUAUAUAUGUAUGUAUGUGUGUGUGUGUAUAUAUAUAUAUAUAUAUAUAAAAAUGAUUGUAAGUUGAAAACAAGAUCAUCAAGACAUUUCCUUUGUAAAAAUGUCUGGUGAAAGUAUAAAAUUCUGUUUUCUUUUAUGCCAGCCAUAAGUAUCUGAAAUCCUCUUCAUUUAUAGAGGUUUGAUUUUUAUUUCUUUUUUUCCCUCUUAAGGAUACAGAUCAUGCUGCAAUGUUACCUGUGUAGUACUCUAAAACUUAGCAAUUUUAUCAGAAUUCUUGUGCCUGUUUACAUUGGAUAAAAUUGUUUUUAGAAAUUCCACUCCUGAAAUAGUUACAGAAAGUCAAGCUAUGUUAAUUAAGAUAGGAUCACAUUUUAUUAUGAAGAUUACCAGUGUAGUAAUUCUGAUAUUGCAAAUGAUUGAGGAACAAAGAAAGAAACUAAUAGAGAAAGUCAAUCUCAGAGGAAAUCCCAUUUGAUGUUAGAUUGUUUGGCUUUUUAAAUUACUUCUUAUAGAAGAUUGCAUUAAAAAAAAACUUUGUGCUUCUGCAUAGCAAUUUAUCCAUUCAGACCUUUUCUUUUAGAAUAAGGAAACAAAAUCUACUUUCUAAAGACUGAACAAAGUGCUAGCUGCAAAUUAUCUUGAAAUCAUUUGGCUGUUUUCUAGCAUGUGUGUGAUCAUGUUUUCUUCUGAUUCCUGAAUGACCAUGGUAGCAUUAGUGUUUAGAAAUUGUUCAGGGGAAAAUUGAGCUAUUUUUCUUAGUGACUAGCAAUUGCUACACAUCCUUAGACACUCCUCUCUCCCAUAGGAUAAAUGUUACAGCACACAAAAGAAAUUUUCUCAAUUCUGAUUUGGAAAAUUUCACAGGUGUCAUUAUUGUAUAUCUAAGCAAUAAUUAUCUGAAUGUUUUGGCAUAAAAAUUACUUUAUAAUGUUCUAACUUGUUUUGUAAGUUUGAAUGACUUUUCAGUCCCUUGAUUUUAUAUUGUUGAGUGAUAAUCAGACUGAUAGUAGCAAAUCUGAUAUUACAUUACUAAAAUAGAUUGCUGAUUGUCUGUUUAACAAAGACAAGUGGGUAACAUUUAAAAUAUAUAAUACAAAAAUUUCCUCUAACUUACCUUUUUCCAGAACUACUUCUUUAAGCACUUUUCCUAUUAAUGCCUGUUGUUGAUUAAAAGGUGGUUAAUUCUAACCAUCUUUUAGUCUUCAAAGUGGUGCUAUAUUCCAUCAAGAGCAAUAAAGUUUUUCCCAGGUGUCACUUAUUGUAUAUGUUACCAAAUACCAUAAAUUUCUGCCAUAGUACUACUAUCAAGCACCUUGUCUUGCUAUUUACAGUUUCUUCAUUUGUACAUUUUUAGCUUUUCUAAGUGGAAAUGUCUACAUAAUUUUGAUCUUGACAUGAUUGAGGAUUUAGAGCUCUUGUCUUUGUCUUGAUUGCAAUCCAACGAUAGAUUAACUUGAUUCUCAGGGGGAAAAGAAAAAGAAAAACUUAUUUUAUGAGAAUUGUUUGUUCUGUGAAACUCACUUCACCUAGAACACAUUUCAUUGAUUCUUGGAUCUUAGUUUAUGUGGUCAUAGUUGACUGCUGAGAAAAGGACAAUGAAAUGAUAGCAAUUUCCUUUUGCUUCUAGGUGAUCUCUGACUAUAGAUAGCAUCCUGUAAAUACAACUUUAUUGUCUUGAAAUGUUUAUUGAAGAUGCUAUAUUUUUCUGUUCUGUUUUCUGAAGCUUUUGCCAUUUAAAAUGAUCCAGUGAAAAAUAUUUAUCCACAUUGAAGAAAGUGGAUUUCCCAUGCAAAUUGAAUCUUCAUUAACACAUUUUAAAAGGCUUUACUGUAUUAGGUAACAUAGAUAUUAAAGGAUUUUUCUAGGCAAGAAGCUCAACUUUUUUUUUCCAUAAAAAUAAUUUUUGCUUAAAUAGUAACUCAUGGUUUUCUUUUAUUAAAUGGGGUUGUUGUCAGUAUGUUAAACAUUAAAGUAGGAGGAGGAUGCAUAUUGUACUAUGCAUUCAAAUUUAUCACUGUUUUUUCUGACAGACUUUCCCUUUGUCCUUUCUAGUUAUGACUUGGGAAUGGGGUAACUUCUUUAUGCAUAGUAUUAAGGGUUAUAGUAUGAAGAAAUCAUAAAAUUGCAAGUUUUGGUUUGCAUUACUCUAAUGUGGGUUCAUUUAAUCUGAGAUCUUAAAUAUCUUGCAGCCUUAAAUCACUACAAACAUUUGCAUUUUUAUUAUGCCAGUUAUUUCCAAAAUGUAUUGUUAUACAUGUCACUUAUGUUUUUAAGCUAAUAUUGACUGUAGGAUAAUCUCAUUGUUCCCCUCAAAAUAGUCAUGAAAGUGUACAUGAAAAUAUUUUUAAAGAAUAAAUUUCUUUAAAUUACAUACUUUUGGAUUUCCCCCUUAAUAAGCCCCUUACUCAUUUUUAUAGAAUAUUUUGAAUUUCAUUUCUUCCAUUCUACUGUGUCCUGAGGAUUAUAUCAAUUUAGAAGUUGAUGUCCAGAACAGGUUAUCUGUAUCAGUUUGGAUCUCAGAAUAGAAACAACCUAAAGUGCUGUCCCAAUUUGUACUUUUUUUCUUUACUCGGAAGUUAGAUGUCAGAGGGACACCUCAAAUAAGUGACUGUGAUCCCCUGCCUUGUAAUGAAGUGGAAAAGAGAGGGUCCCUAAAAUCUGGGCAAGUGAUGUCCUAAUUAAUUACUGAGUUAAAACAAGUUCAUGAAUUUAGGCCUUUUGGUAAAGAAAGAGAAUGUAAGAUUUAACCAGUAAAUACUAAGAAUAGAACCAAAGAGAGGGCCACAGACCAUUAGUUGUUAAGAGGUAUCAAUCUUAACAGCAUAUUUUCUGUUGUGCAAUGAAAAGAACAAUUGUAGCUCUUUUGGGGAUCUUAGGUCUUUUAUUCUUUCUGGAUGGCUUACACUGAAUCCUUGUGAUUUAUUUAAAGACACAUUUUUCCUGGAGAGGAGAAAGAUCUCUAAAAUAGCCUUAACACUGAGAACAUGCUAGGCCUAAUUUUAAAAGCCCAAUUCAGAUAACUCCUCAGAAGUAAAUGCAGCACAGUAAAAUUCAUUAUCACAACACUUAAUAUUUGUUAUAUGUUUCCUCUGUGCUAAAAGGCUGCUGCUAACCAUGGUAGGGAGGAAGAGAAAGUAAAACAAGACAUUAGUGUUCAAAAACUUACAUCUGUGGGGGGUAAACAAGACAUAUAGUACAUUCAACUCCUAGGGAACUUAGAAUAUUUAUGGUAGGAUAGAAAGAGAUGAUUGUGGACACACAGAAGUACCCCAAAAGGCCAUUAUGGUCUAGAAUAGGUUUCAUACAGAGGAUUACUACCACCUGUGAUUAUAUGGUAUAUAAAACAUGAGAUUCUGUAACCUGGACGUUGCUUUUAGCUCUGUUGGAAAUGGUCAGUAGAGCAAUUUCUGAAUAUUUUGAUGGUACGGUGUUGAUGGCAUCAGUCCUUAUCUGUGGCUUUCAGCCCAACUUAAUACAAGAGGAGUUAAAAAUAGCACCCAAAAGGGGUAGCUAGAGCACCCUCACCAUGCACUAAAGAUAAAUCUAAAAGGUGUUCAAAUACAUUGAAUCAAGAUGAGUAAUCCAACUUCUAGGUUAUGUAGGAUGGAUGGAGCACACAAAUGUCUUGCAAACAUUGUAGAGGUUUUUUUAAACUUCACUAAGGGUUUUUUUUUUAAUAAUAAUUACUUUUGAAAAUAAAAUCUCAACUAUUUUCCAAGUUAUGAGUGUGCUGCUCUUAACCUUAUAAGCAAGAUGAAAUCUUCCCAUUGUGAUUACAUAUUUGUAGUUCUAUAUCGACAUCAGCAGAUGGCAAUAGUAUACAAAUAGUAUACAGCAUGAGGCUUCCAUUGCUUUUAUUUCUUUGUUUAUAAAAAUACUAUAAUCCUUUAUCUGAAACCCUUAGGGUUUUAGAAUUCAGAAUUUUCUCCUUUUCAGAGAUAACAUAUAUAAUGUAGAUUACAUAACACCCUCAAUGGGGCCUGGGGCAACACCCCAUAAUCAAACGUUAGUAUUUCUGUGGUUAUGAAUGAGACGUUCAUAGUAACUGGAAUUAACUAUGUAAGGCAGUAAGCUGUCUGCCUUACAUAGUUUAGGUCAAGUUUUCUCACAAACUUAUGGAAAAACUAGGUUUUUAGAAAUUUUUUGGAUCCCAGAAUUGGUGAUGAGGGAUUGCUGACCUCUAUAAGGAAACUGGUGUCAGGUCUAGAAUUUUCCUUCUAAUGAAAUACGUAGUCAUUUUUCCCCCUUUUUAAAUUGCUUAGCUUUGGUAGAGGUAACUGAAGGCUUUCUUCUUUAGAAUUCGUGUAUUAAGAAAAAUGCAUGAAAUUGUUAGAACAGGCAUAAAUACAAAUGGCAAUUGUAGAGCCAUUACAGAAUUUUGAAACACUUAACAAUUGCUUUCUUUUACUUUUCAUCUUGCCUCAAUACUUGUAGCAUUACAAGUAUUCUACGUAAAUAAACGUUUACGAAGUGCUGCAGUCAUGUCAUGGAGCCAGUCAUUUAUUCAUUCAACAAAUACUCAGAUUAUUCUUCCACACACUAAUUAUUCCAGGUGCUGGGAACACAGAAUUAAGACCCAGCCCUUCCUCUCAAGGACUUCGCGUAGUUUGGGAGAAAUGGGAAUGGGCUGGAAUGUCAGAAUAAGAUGGGCACUUAGGCCUUAUUGAGCAUGAUCACACUUGUAUUUUGAAGUAAAAUACCCGGAUCAAGUAAUUUACCAAGAAGCUACUUUUUGUGACACAGCUCCGUCUCCUGACUGCGGUUCCAGACUUCACCAUUACACCAGUCUAUUCCCAUUCUGGAAAAGGAGAGGUACCAGCUUUUAGGGUGCAGAGAUUAGCAAAUUGAAAAAUAGCAGUGAACCUGACGGAAGGCUCCCGAUCUUUAGAGGUUAUCAAUCAGUGUUUGUUCAUUCCAUUUUUAACCAGUCACCUUGCUGUAAGAGCAGAACGUAAUUGGCUGGAAUGUAAUGUAGGGAAUUUUUCCCUGUUGGAUCCCAAGCACCUAGAGAUGUUCCUAGCACCUAUUAGGUGUUAAUAAAUGUUUGUUGAAUGAAUCAAUGAUUACAAGUACUUUUAAGAAUUUUGAAAAUAAAGGAACCAUUGGAAAUA